GAAAAGAAUAAUGGCCGCGGCGGGGGGAGUUAGUUGUGGAGAAUUGAAAAGUGGAAGGAGAGGAGCACAAAUGGAUGUGGGAACAGGGAAAAAGAUAAUUAAAGAUCCCUUAAAUGGUCUCUGAGGUGUGUGUGAGAGAUGCCUCAAUGGCACUGCAAGUAUUUCUGAGGUGCCCAAGUCUCCUCAGACUAAUCUCCCAGUUCUGGGCACUGUCUAGUAGCCAUUGCUUGAUGGGAGCUACCUGGACUAGGAAGACUAUACAGUAAAGGAAAGGACUCAGGGCUCUGUUCCUAGCAAUCUUCUCCUCAUCUCACAUUUGCAGAAAGCAAGCAAGGGAACUAACAGACCUGGGGGAAGAAAUGAAGUUGGUAUUAAUCCAACCCCCCCCCCCAGCCUGGUGACGGGAGUUGUGGUUCAAUAACAUCUGUUGACAGGCUGAAGAACAAUGGUUAAAGCAAUGUAGGAGGUUUAGUAGGAGGCAGAGUUUAGUCCCGAGGCCUGUUUCAGUGUCAGGGUUCAGACCUUAAAGCAAGUUUUUCAAGAAACUGCCACAGUAGUGAGUAACUGCACUGAGCCCUCUACAGAUCUAGGAUUAGGGAGCUGGGCCUCUCUAGAAGAGAUCGCAGUCCUCAGGAAUAUCCACGACCUAAAUGCACACCAGGUUUGACAGGAGGCAGAAUAGAUUAGAGAGUUCCAGUCCUUUCCCCCAAACCCUACUCCAUCUUCAUUCCCUGCCAUUAGUGAUGCCAGUGCCUCUUUUAUCUCAUAGAAUUCAGUGGAGGCCACCUAGAACCAAGUCAGCCCCAAUCCAUUUUCCCAUGCUAAUCCAGGAGGAAAUUGCCAUUUGUUCUUCUUCUUGAGCUUGCAAACAACAGUGGAAAACAAAACAAUUUGAGGCAGUUUUUUCAUUAGGUUCAUCUCACCCAAUGCGUUUGUACUUGGGAUCUGUUCCUAAGCGGCUUUCAUUUCCCUCAGUUGAACUCUCACAGCGGUUUUGAAAAUGCAAUUCGGGCCUCCCUAAGGGAACCGUGAGCUUGACCUCUCCCACCAUAUGCAUUGAUUGGGCUCGGAGACUGGCUGUCAGCCUUUCCCUCCCAACCAGUGCAGUAUAGGACUCUGUGGCUGCCUGUUGUGUUGUCUGUAGUGUGCUAGUCCCCCUCUCUCUUCGCCCUCCUUCCCUGGGGAACCUUAAAACCUCUUCAGCCUUGCGUUUCCAUUUCUUUUGAUCUGUUAGUCUGAACUUUUUUUUCCUGGGCUGAGGACAAGAGUGAGCUUUGGCUUGGCAAAGGCCCCUUUUCUCAGUUGCACUUGGGAGGUUUUGAAUAUUUCUUUGCUUUGCAAAGACUCUCUGAUGAAGUCUGAGAACCCCCGAUAUAGCUUUUCUGCACAUGACUUCCUGUGGAACUCUACUCUAUAUACCGCAUAACACAAGCCUUGCCUUCCUGUCUCUGCCAAGAUCUGGAUAUGCUCAGCAUAUUGCAGAAGAAUCCUGCUCUGUUCAGAUUCUGGUUCCAGGCCUAAAAGGGGAUGCUGGAGAAAAGGGGGAGAAAGGUGCCCCGGGCCGCCCAGGACGAGUUGGACCUCCAGGAGAAAAAGGAGAAACAGGGGACAAAGGACAAAAGGGGAGCAUAGGGAGACAUGGAAAAAUUGGCUCCAUUGGUUCAAAAGGAGAAAAAGGAGAUAAUGGGGAUGCAGGACCACCUGGUCCUAAUGGAGAUCCAGGCAUUCCUUGCGAAUGUGGCCAGCUACGAACAGCCAUUGGUAAAAUGGAUAAUCAAGUGACCUUGCUGACGACCGAGUUGAAGUUCAUUAAAAAAGCACUGCCCUCCCCCGCAGCUGUUGCUGGUGUGCGUGAGACAGAUAAUAAGACUUACUUGCUGGUGAAAGAAGAGAAGAGGUACAUGGACGCCCAGCUCUACUGCCAAGGAAGGGGAGGAACGCUGAGCAUGCCCAAGGAUGAAAACACUAAUAGCCUAAUUGCUGCUUACAUCAGUCAAGCUGGCCUCAGCCGAGUUUUCAUUGGCAUUAACGACCUCGAGAAAGAGGGCCAUUUUGUUUACUCCGACCGGUCCCCAAUGCAGACCUUCAACAAAUGGAGCAACGGAGAGCCAAAUAAUGCUUAUGAUGAGGAGGACUGUGUAGAAAUGAUAGCCUCUGGGGGAUGGAAUGAUGUCGCCUGUCAUAUUACAAUGAAUUUUGUUUGUGAAUUCGACAAAGAAAAUGUGUAGAAAUAUGAUUCACCCCCACCCCACCCCACUCCCAGCUCAAUUUUUGAAUCAAGCUUUGUGUGCAGGUUAGGCUGUGUGUCUGCACUAUCAGGUUUUUUAAUGUACCGGAAUAAGAUGGUGCAGUACACAUAUCCUGAACUGCUAUCUGUUUAUGGGGUUGUGUGUGUGUGUGUGCAUGUAACACUAAGCUAUGGUUGGUUUUAACCAUGAUUUAUUUAAUAAGCCACGAGUUGUCUCAGUUUCUUGUGUUUCUCCAAAGCUUGGCUUGUUUCCCAGCCACCCCUGCCUUGUGAUUUGUAGCCUGAUGAGCAUUUGGGGUGGGGUACCAAAGCAAGCCAUGCUUAAGCAAGGCUUUCACAUAAAGCAAAACCAUAGUUAACAUAAGUCACGGUUCACAAACAUAUCAUGUUUGUUGCCAGAAAUUAAACCAGGGUUUGUUUGCUGGGUUGGGUUCACCCAUUCAAACAAAUUUAUUUAGGCUAAACAAAUCAUGGUUUAGCGGUAUGUGCAAAUCAGCCUUUAUUUGAAAGUUAGUACCUUGUUGAUGAGGUACUAAUCUUUCAACAGGCUUCAUAUUAGUCUGGACAAAUAUCCCAGAACACCCUCACCUCUGCCAGUGUUUCAAAGUUCUUCUAUCACCAAAAAAGCAAUGCGACAUUUAUAUUUGUUUAGUUCGGGUUAUGUGGCUAUCCAUCCUGAAAAAAAUCCUCAUAUCUGAUCUCUCUCUCUCUCUCUCUCUCUGUGUGUGUGUGUGUGUGUGUGUGUGUGUGUGUGAGAGAGAGAGAGAGAGAGAGAGAGAGAGAGAGAGAGAGAGAGAGAGAGAGAUGCAUACACAUUCCAAGAUCAAGCCAUGGCAUAUGUCAAGCUUCCCAUUCCAUUUGUGUGUGUGUGUUCAUAGCAUGGGUUUUCUUCACUCAUAUUCAGCACAGGUUUUUUUUAAAGCCCUGUUUCAUGCAUUAUCUUUGCAGUGCUCCCUCCCCUCUGUCAUACAGGCAACCAAGUAUGAAGUGGAAAUUCACAGCACAUGCUUCCUUUUCUUCCACAAAAAGGGAAUUCCAAUACAGUUUGCUUGUUUUUUAGCCAUAAGGAGAGUUACCUUGUGGAAGGAAUAGGGGCGUGCCCACUUCUAUACCAUGCAAUGAGGAAUGUCUCCAAGCACAACCUUUCACUGAAAUGAUGAGACUCAUUCAUUUCAACAGGGCUUGCACAGGAAAUCUCCCUAACAGAUUAAAGAACAGCACACCAUCCUGGAUAGUAGUAGGCACAUCUGAACAUGAAAUACAGUCAUACCUCGGUUUAAGUACUCUUCGGUUUGAGUACUUGCAGUUUAAGUACUCCGCGGACCUGUCUGGAAUGGAUUAAUCCACUUUCCAUUAUUUUCAAUGGGAAAGUUCGCUUCAGGUUAAGUACACUUCAGGUUAAGUACAGACCUCCGGAACCAAUUGUGUGCUUAAAAUGAGGUACCACUGUAUAUUAAGAAUACAACACAGGAAUUAAUGAAGGACAAACUUCAACAUUAAGAUCUAUAACGCAGGGUGCUGGUGUCAAUCAACUCCAAGACCUACCCUAGUUACUUUUGUUGAUAAAGUAUUAUAGUAGUAUUUUUAGAAGUAUAUUAUAUUAGUAUUGUACAGCUGUAAAUAUAAUCUAGGUAUUUCAAAUAUCAAUAUUUACCCUUCAGAAGGGAAGAGCAGAGUUUACAGAGACAUGGUUUAAAGAAAUAUGGCUGUAAUCCAACACAGAAUUAAGCACAGUUGAACCACUUGAAAUCGGUAGGCUUAUACUCACGUUAUGUGCGAGGUAUUUAGGCAGAAAAUAUCCAUCAAAUCGUUUGUUGAGAUUAAUGGAGAUCUACAACAAAAGUGGAAGGUAUAAAUGUAGAUUUUAGGAAGUUAUUUUUGAAGACCUAUAGUCAUCAUUUCUAUCUUUUAAAAAUCCCACCCUUCUAUUGCUCACAAUACAUCCUGUGCUGGUUCAUAAUCAUAAAAUGUAAACUUUUAUCUUUUAUCACUUUCUGAAUCCUAAUGAACUAGUUCCUUAGCUCUUCCAUUAAAACAGUUGCUAAAGUGGGAAUACAGCACUGAAGUAAACCAGUUCAACUCUUUAGGCAGUGUUUAAUAGAUUAUAAAUUGAGUAUUGCAAAAUUAUUCACAGAAAACACGAAUAUUACAUUUUCCUUGUGUACCCUUUGGCAUAGAGUGGAUCUGAGCAUUGUGGCUUGAUGGCCAGAAUAAUGUAGCAAAGUUAAUCAAGUCCCAGCCUGUUGCAGUUUAAAGCUAUCUCAGUAGCCAUAAUCUUACUCUGAAUUACACAUGAACCAGGUUGUUCCAUUAAAUCAGGAGUACAUUUUGCACAGAACUGCAUCCUAAAUAGUUGCCAUGAUUGUGUUUAGAUACUUGCUUGCAUGCUAUUACUGUUUUCUUAAAAAAUAAUAAUAAUUAUCCAAGCAGGUCUUUGUAAGUUGUCAUGCAACUCACAAAAACUUUUAAGUUAUUCAUAUUCUGAGAGAUGUUUUAAAAUUCAUUUACCCAUCCUUCCAUUUGUCACUGUAGGCACAUAGCUAAAUGAAUGCUAAGAUUUUGUGGGAGUAAGUUGACUCUACAGACUUAAUGAAUGUUAUCCAUUUAAAACAGAGGAUGCAGCUGGUUGCACCUGAUGUUUGGCCCUUCAUGAAGUUCUAUAGUUUUAAUUAUUAUUACUGAGGCCUUAAUCCCAUGAUAGAGUCAAUCCAAUUGGAUUUCUUCUAGCCUGGUUGCAAAUCAAGGGAGGUAGCACAUGAAACAGUUGAAGUUAAAAUUAAAUUUGCAUUUUAUUUCCCAGUUCAUCUGCACAAACAAAUCCACCUGAAGCCAGAUACAAAUCCCAGCACUCAAGCAGUGGGUAUUAAUUCAGCUGGCUUCUCAAGAUUGCUGGCGUUGGAAUUAAGCUGAGAAGUUCAUUAAUAAUGGGUGAACUACAAGACUGAGUCCAGUACACGAACAAGAAAAUUGGUUCACCAUCUCUAUUUGACUUUAGGAACAAGAUUUAUGCUGUUCCUAGUUAUUGGGUUAAAACAGGCAUCCCCAACUUUUGGCCCUGCAGAUGCUUUGGACUACAAUUCCCAUCAUCCCUGACCAUUGGUCCUGUUACCUAGGGAUCAUGGGAAUUGUAGGCCAAAACAUCUGGACGGCCACUAGUUGGGGAUGCCUGGUUAAAAACUUUACAGAAGCAUAGGGCAGCAGUUCACUUAACGAAUCUAUAUUUCCAAUCCUGCCUAUGCAUAAACAACUGCAUUCUCUUAUUUAAUAGAUAUCAAAAAUGUGGCUAUUUGUUAUGACUAGUUCACUUCUGUAUUAGGCUUACAUUGCUAUGCUGGUAGUAGAGUGCUUUCUAAACCUGUUCCUCCUUGUUGGGAUGUUGUAACUUCUGUGCAGCACAGAGCUGUUCCGGAAUUCGCUAGCGGACCAUUCAUCACUAAGUCACUUAUGAUUCAAGCCCUUUCCCCUUUCUCACUGAGGUUUGUAGCAUUUCAAGUAGGGGGUAAAUAACCUUUCCUCAUCCAGGCAUUGUUGAAUUUCAGUCCCAUCAGUCCCAGCCAGCGGGAAUGAUGGGAGUUGCAGCCCCACAUCAUUUUGGAGAGCCACAAGUUCCCCAUCCCUGCUUUAAAGCUCUCUGCUGCUUUUCUCAUUAGAAAUAACUUGGAUACAAAAAUGAAUGUGGCAUAAAAUAGUGAAUAUUGGCCCAUGUGAUAACUUGGAAUAACUGCAGUCUUAUGCAUAGUUGGUAAUGUAUUCUGCUGAAGAAAGCAGGAGUUCAUUCUAAGGGGAUCAGACUGUCACCCUAAUCUUGCCAAUGUUGAUUCAAUGGGAUUUCUAUGUAAGCAAAAAACAAUAGGGUUGGGUGUAUAAUAGGUUUCCUGAUGCUGUAACAUCCCAGAGACUAUGACAAAAACAGAGUGGAUUAUCUGUAACUUGAUACUGA